AUAUAUACCACAGCUCCCACGGUGAAAUUUCUAAAGGAGCAGCUCGAGAAAUCGGGUUGCAGUAUUGCAAGCAAUUUCAUAAAGGCCACUAAUUGCACGGGUGCCACUGCUGGUGGAUAUCUCAAGGGCCAAGGGAUAAUCGUGUGUAGUAACCACUUGCAAAUUCAAGAUGAGGUAACUCAAGUGGUGAUUCACGAGCUAAUUCAUGCGUAUGACGAAUGCCGUGGCGCCAAUUUGAACUGGUCUAACUGUGCGCACCAUGCUUGCAGUGAGAUUCGAGCUGGUCAUCUAAGUGGUGAUUGUCAUUUUAAAAGGGAGUUGCUUCGCGGUUUUAUGAAGAUGAGAGGUCACGAACAAGAUUGUGUGAAGCGAAGAGUAAUGAAAUCAGUGACCGCAAAUCCGUACUGCUCGGAAGAAGCAUCUAAGGAUGCCAUGGAAGCCGUUUGGGACAUUUGCUAUAAUGACACAAAACCCUUCGACAGAGCUCCUUGAAUCAAAAUACAUUGAUUUUUCGGAUGGAUAAAAGUUUUCAUCCUGCUUUUUUUCGUUUUCAAAUUCAUAUCUUUUUGCCCCAUAAAGAAAAUAUCCAUUUGCCUAUUUGAUUCACAUAUCAUCUUUACUGAUAUUGAUGCCCUCCGCUAAAAGGUAAUGUCGUAAAGGUUAAUCUCAAAAUUGUUCGAGUCGAAGCUCGGCUAAUUUUUAAUUUACAAUAAUGUGGUUUAUUAUAUAUAGCUUUGUUAUAUAUUAUAAAAUGAUGUUGGCGGAUGGUAAAUGCUUUUGAAAUGUUUCGGAGGUGCAAAUGAAUAUCGAGGCUUCAAGUCUCAAAUGUUCCUUCAUCGUUUUGUUCCUCGUAAAAACACGUUUGAACGUCUCUGGGAUAUUUUUCGCUAAACUUACUUCCGAUCGAUUUUUUUUUCUUUCUGUUUUGCACGUUUUUAAUCGACUUAACAGAUUUGUGAAACUCCAGUUUGUAUCAGAUUUCAUGAGAAAGAUGUAUGAUAGUAAUGUGAACAUUACUUCCUGUUAAACUUCUUUUUUACUUUA